AUGGCAUUCAACCCAAAUAACUCGGCACAGCGCCGCAGUAACCCCUUUGCUCGAAAUGGAUCUCCAUCGCCUUCAUCACCGGCCCCUCUCAAUGGAGGCAGACCGAAAUCUGCCCUGUUCUCUUCGCCCGCACCACCCCCAAGUGUUUCGACACCGACAUCUCAUGGCAGGUCACAAUCCAACAGCUCGUUUGGGACGACAUUAGCCGCUCCGGGCGGCGCCGUAAGGCACCACAGAAACGAAUCGAGAAAUGGAACCCCUACUUCAAACACAUUUGCACCUUCGUUCAUUAAAACAGAGGAGAUGAGACGAGGACAUGACACAGUUAAGGGUAUCGAAGGAGAGAAUGACUUCUCUGGUAAGCGUUAUGUGUGGGUUAGAGACUCACAGGAUGCAUUUAUCAAGGGAUGGGUCGUCGAAGAACUGGGCAAAAACCGCAUCUUGGUGCAAACAGACGAUGGAACACAACGGGAGCUCGACACCGAGAGUGUCGAUAAAGUGAAUCCUGCCAAGUUCGAUAAGGCAAACGAUAUGGCCGAGUUGACCCAUUUGAACGAGGCGUCAGUGGUUCAUAACCUUCGAAUGCGAUACCAAUCGGACUUGAUCUACACGUACUCGGGACUGUUUCUCGUCACAGUCAACCCUUAUUGCCCUUUGCCGAUUUAUACCAAUGAGUACAUAAACAUGUACAAAGGCAGAAGCCGAGAAGAUACCAAGCCACAUAUUUUCGCAAUGGCUGACGAAGCCUUUCGAAACUUGGUCGAAGAAGGCCGAAAUCAGAGCAUCUUAGUCACUGGUGAAUCAGGCGCCGGUAAGACUGAGAAUACCAAAAAGGUUAUCCAGUAUCUCGCAGCUGUUGCGCCAUCCGAGACUUCUGCAAGAAGCAGGUCGCAGCACACCAAUCUCUCGCAACAAAUUCUUAGAGCAAACCCUAUUCUCGAAGCAUUUGGAAAUGCCCAGACUGUUCGAAAUCACAAUUCUUCUCGAUUUGGAAAAUUCAUUCGCAUCGAGUUCAAUAGAAAUGGAGCUAUUGCAGGAGCAUUUAUUGACUGGUACCUCCUUGAAAAGUCACGAGUUGUCCGUAUCAACCAACACGAACGAAACUAUCACGUCUUCUACCAGCUCCUGAAGGGCGCCAGCAGUCGGAUCAAAAGCCAGUUACUCUUGAGUGGACUGGAUACACAACACUUUGCAUACACCAGAAAUGGCCACGAUACAAUCGUCGGUGUAUCAGAUAAAGAAGAGUGGGACUCAUUGAUGGAGGCCUUCGACGUCAUGGGGUUCUCCGACGAUGAACAAUUAUCAAUCCUUCGCACCGUUGCAGCGGUGCUCCACUUGGGUAACAUUGAGGUUGUCAAAGAGAGCCGUGCCGCCGAUCAAGCUCGGUUGGCUCCAGAGUCCAAGGAAGUGGUAGCAACUGUAUGCAAGCUUCUUGGUGUGUCAGUAGAGCCUUUUAUACAAGGUUUACUCCAUCCCAAGGUUAAAGCAGGUCGGGAAUGGGUCGAAAAAGUCCAAACGCCGGAGCAAGUGCGUCUGAGUCUUGACGCUCUCUCAAAGGGCAUCUACGAACGCGGAUUCGGUGACCUUGUCUCUCGCAUCAAUCGCCAGCUCGACAGGACAGGCAUGGGUCUGGAUGACUCCCACUUCAUCGGCGUGCUAGAUAUUGCUGGAUUUGAAAUCUUUGAGGACAACAGCUUCGAACAGCUUUGUAUCAAUUACACCAACGAGAAGCUUCAGCAAUUCUUCAACCAUCACAUGUUUGUGCUUGAGCAAGAAGAAUACGCACGGGAGCAAAUUGAAUGGCAGUUUAUCGACUUUGGCCGGGACUUGCAGCCGACCAUUGAUCUUAUUGAACUACCAAAUCCAAUCGGCAUCUUUUCUUGCCUCGACGAAGACUGUGUCAUGCCAAAGGCUACAGACAAGUCCUUCACAGAGAAACUGCAUUCGCUCUGGGAUAAAAAAUCGGCCAAGUAUCGACCGUCCCGUCUCGGACACGGCUUCGUCCUCACACAUUAUGCGGCUGAAGUAGAAUAUUCCACGCAGGGUUGGUUGGAGAAGAACAAGGAUCCUCUGAACGAUAACAUCACACGCCUACUUGCCUCUUCCUCCGACAACCAUGUUGCCGGCAUUUUUGCUGAUUGUGCCGAUACGGAUGAGGAACUUGGUGGCGGACGAAGCCGAGUGAAGAAGGGCCUAUUCCGCACCGUUGCCCAGAGGCACAAGGAGCAACUUCACAGUCUCAUGACUCAACUGCAUUCAACACAUCCUCACUUUGUGCGAUGUAUUCUGCCCAACCACAAGAAGCGCCCCAAGCAGUUCAACAAUCUGCUUGUCCUUGACCAGCUCCGGUGCAACGGUGUUCUGGAAGGUAUUCGAAUCGCCCGAACUGGAUUCCCCAACAGACUGUUCUUUACAGAGUUCCGUCAGCGCUAUGAAGUCCUUUGUUCAAACAUGCCUACAGGCUACCUCGAGGGCCAAGCAGCUGCGACAAUUAUGCUGGAGAAGCUUGGUCUCGAUAAGACACUGUAUCGUGUAGGUAUCACAAAGGUUUUCUUCCGGGCAGGAGUUUUGGCAGAACUUGAAGAACAACGAGAUGCCCUGAUUACAGAGAUCAUGACCCGGUUCCAAUCAGUUGCCAGAGGCUUCGUUCAACGGCGCGCCAUAUACAAGAGACUCUUCCGAACCGAGGCCACAAGAAUCAUUCAGAGAAAUUUCAAUGUGUAUUUGGAUUUGGUAGAAAAUCCUUGGUGGCAGCUGAUUGUGAAGAUGAAGCCUCUUCUUGGAGCUACUCGCACUGCGACCGAAGUCAAGAAGCGAGACACCAUGAUCAAGCAGCUGAACGAAAAGAUGCGACUCGACGACGAGAUGCGCCAAAAGCUGGAAGAAGAUCGUCGCAACACUCAUACGGAAAUGCUCCGAAUUCAACAAACGCUUGAAAGUGAACGAGCUCUGGCGUUGGACAAGGAAGAAAUCUUCAAGCGACUCCAAACUCGCGAGGCAGAGCUUGAGGAGAAACUUGCUGGUGCAAUUGACGACCAGGAGAGACUGGAGGAUCAACUUGAUGACCUCAUGGAAGCCAAAAGUCGGGCGGAGCAAGACGUUGAAAAGUUCAGACGGCAGCUCGAACAAGCCGCCGGCCUUAUUGCAAAGUUGGAGGAGGAAAAGAGCAAUCUGUCCGCCAAGUCCUUGGAGUUGGAGGAUGCAGUGAAGGAAAUUUCGCAGAAACAGUCCGAGCGAAGUGAGCAAGAGGCUGCUCUUGCCGACGAGAUCAAGGUUUUGCAGAGUCAGCUGAAUCUCAAGGAUCGCAAGGCGCAGGACCUUGAGGCCAAACUGCUUCAACUGGACCAAGAUGUGGAAGUGAAGCUACGUGCUGCCCAGAAGGAGGCGGAUGCCGCCAAGCUACGAGAAUCUCGCCUCAGUCAGGAGAACAAAGAUGUCAAGCAUCAACUCUCUCAACUUUCCAAAACUUCGACUGACUAUGAAGAUCUGGUAAGAAGCAAAGAAAGCGAACUAGCCUUGCUCCGCAGCGACAAGAGAAAGUUUGAGACAGAGCGACGCACUCUGGAGGAACAGAAGAAGGCUUUGACAGAGGAAAAGAACAGAAUCUCUACCAGAUCUCGCGACGUUCAGGCCGAAUUGGACGCGAUGCGGUCCAAGCAUUCUCAGCUUGAACGAGAGGCUGAAGAAGCCAAGACCUUGCUCGCUGCUAGACUUUCUGAAGACGCCCAAGCGGACAAGAACAGAUCGCUUCUGGAAGCGCAGAUUAAAGAUCUCAAGGAGCAACUGUACAAUGCUCAAAUGGACUUGAGCCGAGAACGACAAUCGCGCGAUGAUGUUCUUCUUCUCGGCGAACAUAAAUAUGACAGCCUCAAAGAAGAGUACGAUAGUUUGAACGAGGCCAAGAUUGUCAUUGAGAAAGAACUCUACGUUCAGCAGCAGGAUACUUUGCGAAGAACCAUGGAAGCUCGUACGGCAGUGGAAAAGGAAAGAGAUGAAGCACGAGACGAAAUUCGAAGGCUGCGAGCGGCCAAGACUCAGGCAGAAGAGGCCCGCGUGCAGGCUGAAAUCUCUGGUGAGCGUCAGGCAUCCAAGAUGGCUCGGCAAAGAGAAGACAGCUUACGACGGGACCUGGAUGCCGCCCAUGAUCGAUUGCGGUGGUUUGAAGAUGAAUGUGCCAAGCUUAACCAUCAAAUCGAAGAUCUCAACAAACUCAUGGCAGAGUCUGGCGAGUUUGGACUAAAGAAUGACCAAGCCAAGGAGCGCAUGGAGCGAGAACUCAACACCGUCAAGAGCCGACUGACAGCCUCUGAGAAUGACAACCGGGCGCUCCUGAACAAACUUCAACAAAAGGGUCUCGAGAUUGCCAGGUCUACCUCGCGUGCAAAUGAAGCCUCCCGAGGUCAUGUACUUGGCCUGCAAAAGGAGAAGUCUAGGCUGGAGGAGCAAAACGCCAACUUGAACAAGCAGCUCGGCGAUGCUCAGACCUCAAUCACGAGAUUGCCCCGGCCAGGUCCAGCUCCCACGCCAGCGCAUACUGCUGAAAAGGCUUCAUCCAACUUCACGGUUCAGCUUGCGGAGGCUAAUCGAACAAUCGACUCGGAGCGACAUUUGCGCACACAGUCUCAAACAACCGUUCGCACACUUCAGGCCACGCUGGAUGCUAGAGACAAGGAACUUCAAGAAUUGCGCGGACAAAUGCUCAAUGUUUUGAGAUCUGUCGACCCUGAAGUCCGAAUCCCCCCUCCAUCCGAUGAUAGCAACCAAAAGGCCCUCCUCAAGAAUUUUGACCUUGCACGAAAGGUCGAGGAGCUUCAGCAGAACCUUCGGGUCCAAACAGCUGCGAGAACCAACGCAGAAAACCAGCUGGCAGACCUUCGCGCUACGAGACACGAAAGCCCAAGCCGACCCAAGUUGGAGGAGAUUCACCUUAACGAGGCACCUUUCAAUGGUUCUCCGACUCAGCGACGAGCGGCCAAGAUCAACACGCGCCGUUUCUCGAACACUACUACGCCUAAGAAGGGUAACCAAGAAAUCACCGAGCUCCAUGAUACGGCUCGCUCCGACAAGACCGUUGAUACAUUGGCCGUCAACAAUCGCAUGGACUUGAAGGCUGAAGUAGAAGAGCUACAAAAUCAGCUGCAAAUUGCCCAGAUGCAAAACCGUCACCUCCAGAGCCAGCUCGAUCGAAACACUCCUGCUCCGGACUCGUACAAUGACCAGAGUCCUUCCCUGCUACGGAUGCAAAAGCUGGAAAAGGCCAACAGCAGACUGCAUGACAUGCUCGAUGAUUCAUCCAAGAAGGUGUCUGCGCUCGAGAAGACCAUUCGAACGGGCGAGCUGUCGCUGCGGGACAUCCAGACCAGAUCCCACGAAGAAAUCUUGGAUGUGUUCAACAGCCAAGAGGAGUCGCGACGCUCUCUCCUGCACAGCCAUAAGGAUGCUGUUGCUGAAUUGACAGAUGUCAAGUCCCACUUUGACAAGAUGCGCCACGACAGAGCGAAGCUCGAGGUUGAGCUCCGUGAUAGCAAGUCAGACCUGCAGGAGAUGGCAAUGGCUCGCGAACAGGAAGCGCAGAGCCGGAGCCAGCUUCUGCAAGAGUACACUGAGCUUCAAAUCCGUCUUGACGCCGAGUCAUCCAAGCUUGCCGAUGUCUCGGGCAGUCUGGAAAUGUACAAGAGCCGGGCAGAUGAGUAUUUUGGCAAGCUAGAACAAGCUGAAAUUGCGGUGCUCAAGGCCAGCCGAGCCGAGCAAUUUGCCAAGUCACAGGCCAAGGAAUCUGAAGAUACGUACAGUGAGGUCAUGGCAGAGCGACAAAAGAUGGACUCUACAAUUGAGGACCUGCAGCGCCAAAACCAACGACUCGAAGAGCGCAUCGAGGAUAUCUCUACAGAUUUGGAGUCGGUAACGCAGGCCAAGAAGCGACUUCAGCACGAACUCGAGGACUACCGCAGCCAGCGAGCUAUGGAUAUCGAGGACAAGGAGUCCAGCAUGGAGCAGACACGAAAGAAGUAUCAGGCCGAGUUUACUACCCUGACAAAGGAGCUUGAUCUCGCCCGCGAGGAGAAGUUGUACAAGCAAGCUGAAAUUGCGCGACUUCGCGAAGAGCUGGAUGAGCUGCGGUCAAAGUGGGAUGAUGAAGUCCUCAACAGCUCGACUUGGUCCAAGGAGAAAUCUCGUCUGGAGACUACUCUCGCUGAUGUUGCUUCAUCGCGCGAUGAAGCAGUCAAUGCUCAUAAUGAAGCUCAAGGCAAGGUUGUGUCGCUCUUGUCUCAAGUCCGAACUUUGAGGUCUUCGGUUGACGAAAUUACUUCUGAGCGGGAUCUCUUGCUACGCGAGAAGCGCAGCGUAGAGGCACGACUCGAAGAAGCCAAGGCUGGACUAGAGGAGCUUGUCAAGGGUGAAAGCCCGUCUCUGCGAGAUGCCGCGACAAUGGACAGGGAGUUGUUGGACUUGAAGUCUAGCCUUGCUCACCAAGAAGAUGUUGCGGCGGCUGCAGUUGAAAAGAUGCGACGAGCAGAGGCUCUGGUUGCCGAUGUCCAGAAGGAGAUUGCAGCUGAGCGUGAAGCCGGCACUGAGCUCCAAAAGCAAAAGGCCGCUUUGGAAAAGAACUUGAACGAGGCUCAGCUGAAGCUGAUUGACCUGGAGACAAAGGGCUUUUCUAGCGCCAGCCAAGACAUCAAGUUCCUACAUAGGCGUAUUCAAGAGCUCGAGUCUCAACUAGAGGACCACGAAACUGAGCGAUCCAAGUCGCAGCGAUCAAAUCGAAAUAUUGACCGCACUGUAAAGGACCUUCAGUCACAGAUUGACCGCAAGGAGAAGCAGAACACGCAAUUGUCAGAAGAUGUGAAUCGCAUGCGCGACAAGGUGGACAAGCUGCUAAAGACCAUUGACGAACUCCAAGCCUCCGAAUCUACGACACAACUGUCAGCAAGACGAGCGGAACGGGAGCUUCGGGAAGAAAAGGAAAAGGCGCUUCGUUUGGAGAAGGAGCUCGAGGGGUGGAAAGGGUUGCGGUCAGAGAAGAGUUCGGCUGUUGGCAGCCUUCGUGGUCGCAUUGAGGGACCUGACGUGCCCAACAGGUCGAGUAGCAUCAAUAGGAUGCCCAGUCUUACCAAGGGAUUCAUCUGA